AUGGCGACUGCAAUAUUCAUAAAACUAGUUCAAUCUGGGGAAUAUUCAGGUGUUUCUCCCGAUGAUCUUGAUCAGAAGAAAAUAUUGGAUUUGACAACAAACCAUAUCAAAGGGACCUGGUUUCGAAACUAUCGUGAACAACGUGAAUGGUCUAACCAAAGACUCGAAGCACGAGAUAAGCGGAGGCUUCAGAAAAGUCGAGUCAGCAGUGUCCUGAAAGGCAGACUUGCCUAUGUCACAGCCCACAAAUCCUUGUGGCCGCUUUUGAAAGUUGUAGAGCAAUGCUGUAGCGAUGAUGAAACCGACUAUGAAGAUGAAGAAGGUCGCAAGCAUUGUAAGGUUCGUAUUAUACAAUGGAGAAGCUCUCAGUUAGAUUCAAUAUUUGAAGCUAUAGAUGAAGCCAGAGUGCAAAACAACUCCAUAAAAACAUCCCCUGGAGUUCAAGCUAGAAUACGCCGCCGUAGUUUUAGUAACCCAAUCAGUGACCUAGCUCCGCCUGAUGAGAUUAACAAAGAUUGCAUAUCUCAAGCCUAUUAUGACCAGCUUGAUGAAAUGGAGAAGGCUGAAAUCAAGAUCAUCAAUAAAUCAAUCUUACGUCCAGUCAAGGAGAUGAUAGCCAAAAAACUCCUGCCGUCCAAUCAUUGA